CCGCUCGGCGCGGCCGCGCCAGUGUCCGCUAGACUGCCGAGCGCGCCGGGCCUCCCGCUUCCCCGCGCCUCGCUCGGCCACGCGUCCCGUGAUCGAACAAUUCAAGUCAACCGUCGCGAGUGCAGUAUGACACUAGUGAGCUAGCGGGCCGCUGUGACGGUGUCUGUUGUGUAUGUGUGCACGUGCUUGUGUGUUGUGUCGGGGCCCGUGACGAAAAACUUUCGUUGUGGCCAGCGGAGCCUUGCACCCGGGCUCGGGCCGAGCUUUCAUGGCUCAGCCUAGGUACGACGAAGGCCUCCACGGAGGUGGUUACAUGGAGGGGGGCGCGAUGUACCACGAGCAUAGACUGACGCACCCCCACCUCCCCGCGGUGCACUACCCCCCGCCCGCGGCGCCGGCGCACGCGCUGCCCGGCGAGCCGCUCGUCCACAAGAGAGACAAGGACGCUAUAUACGGGCACCCCCUGUUCCCCCUGCUGGCGCUGAUCUUCGAGAAGUGCGAGCUGGCAACGUGCACCCCGCGCGACCCCGGUGUUGCCGGCGGCGACGUCUGCUCAUCAGAGUCCUUUAACGAGGACAUCGCUGUCUUCAGCAAACAGAUACGCCAAGAGAAACCUUAUUAUAUAGCGGACCCUGAAGUAGACUCAUUAAUGGUGCAAGCGAUACAAGUUUUACGGUUUCACCUAUUAGAAUUAGAAAAAGUCCACGAGUUGUGCGACAACUUCUGCCACCGCUACAUCAGCUGUCUGAAGGGCAAGAUGCCGAUCGACCUCGUGAUAGACGAGCGGGAGUCGGCGCGGCCGCCCGACGCCAACGGCGAGCGCUCCGCGCCCGACAGCAGCCACGACGGAGCCUCCACCCCCGACGUCGUAAGCACGAAAUACAGUUUCAAGGAGGAACCCAGUGAGGAUGCAAUGGGCAAAUGGUGUCCGUCGCGGCGUGAAUGGUCCUCCCCGCCCGACGUAGCGCGGAGGGUCUACUCCUCCGUGUUUCUGGGCAGCCCAGGAGAAUACCCUGGGGACGCCAGUAACGCGAGUAUCGGCUCCGGCGAGGGCACGGGCGAGGAGGACGACGAGUCCAACGGCAAGAAAAACCAAAAGAAACGAGGCAUCUUCCCCAAGGUCGCCACCAACAUCCUGCGGGCGUGGCUCUUUCAGCACUUAACGCACCCGUACCCCUCAGAAGACCAAAAGAAGCAACUAGCACAGGACACAGGGUUAACGAUACUACAAGUAAAUAAUUGGUUCAUCAACGCGAGACGUAGGAUAGUGCAGCCAAUGAUAGACCAAUCAAAUAGAGCAGUGUUCUACCCCGCAGUGUUCCCGCACGCCGGGCCCAGCGGCGCCUACAGCCCCGAGGCCACCAUGGGCUACAUGAUGGACGGCCAGCAGAUGAUGCACAGGCCCCCCACAGACCCCGCGUUUCACCAUGGCUACGCGCAAUACCCAGCCGAGUAUUACGGUCACCAUCUCUAAUACGAGCAACUUUGUACAUACAUGAAUAGAACUGGCACAGCUCGGCCUUCGGCGGAGGCCGGGCGCGAGGCCGAGGCCCCGCCCGAGGCCCCGCGCGACCUCAUGUGAUACGCGGCGCGCACGUGACGCCCACGGCACGCGCACGACACGCUCACGUCACGCACGCGUGACGACACUAGGAGAACGGAUGCUACGUGUACAUAAAGCGAAAACAUUUUUGUAAUAUUUGAAACAGUAUACGAUCUCCUAAAUUAAGAUUUAAAGUCAACUUUAAUGUUUAAAUAAAUGUAAAAUAACGCGAAGUGACAACGUGGACGCUAUACGGUGCAAUCACCUAAUAUAAAUACAACGGUUUUAUCACUCGGAGCAUAGAUCGAUGAAUGUAACAAUAAAAUGGUUUGAUAGUUAUCGUAUAAAUAUUUAUAGCUAAUUGUGUAUUGUUAUUACGUAAAUAUAAAUAAUUGAUUAGUUGUAAGUUGUAAUGUAACUAUCACUGGAAGUACUGGGUCGAGGAGGACGAAUGAUAAUAGAAAUGGUACUUUUGUAAAGGCGUUAUGUAUGUAAUAAAUAGAUUAUUUAUAAUUUCAACACCCACCCUGUGUGUAGACUGGGAUAUGCGAGUUUGACACUACAUGGCGCGUUUAGACGUAUCAAGUAACUCGACCGAUGACUUGCGCGCCGGCUCGUGCAUGCCAGUCGCUACACAGGCUCCCUCCCGCAGGUUACUGUGUAACUUGUAGUCGCGCCGGCGUUGCGUCUGUUACCAUCCGAUUAUUUAUUCAUCGCGCUCAGUCCUACUUCUAGUAACGUCAAUUUCUCCAAGUAAAUUUUAAUUGCGAACGAAACUUUUCGUGAUUUUGCGUUACAGGUUGAAUACAUAUCUUUGAUAUAUAUACCUAUCUAUAUACUAUUGUGAUGAUAUUGUGGUUCGGGUAUGAUUGUUUCACCUUGCCUUGGUGUUCAUUAAUGUAGCACAAUUUGUAACCGAUGUAUACGAUGACAAAAAUAUAUUUUACGAUGUUGAACAAAGAGAUUUUACGUCUAUUUUGUCUUGUAGCGGAUACCUGACAUAUUAUGCCUUCACCAGACCAAGGGGUCAUCGAAUAAAACGCAAAGGCUCUUGAACGAUCGAGAACUAUCUUGAAAUAUAAAUUUACGCGUUCCUAAAAUUAUGACCCGAUAAAAUUGGUAUUUAUGUAAUUAAAGAUACAGUUUACCAGCUUGAUAAAACAUCUUAAUACAUUUUGGGAACAGAGAAACCAAUAUACUCAAAAUAAAGUAAAAUGUAUGGUUAAAAGAUGACAAAGUUCCACACAAAUACAUACAUCAAAAUGGUGGACUGUAUUUUUCUGUGUGACCUCGACUGAUACGAGAGCUUCUCAUAGGUUACUAUACGUUCCGUUUUAACAUAAUUUAUUAAUUUUGAACCUAUUCUUGUGAUUUCAAAGAUUUUAGUCACGUCAGAGAACAAUUCACAUAUUAAAUUCAGAAAUAUUCAUCUAGCAAAUAACAAAUUGAUAUAAUAAAGUAAUAAAUAACUUGUUACUUGCUACUUGACAUCUAUUUUACACGGGACUCGAAUAAAAAACCACUAUUGCCAAACGUGUACCGAGUGUAAUCUUCCCAAGCGUAGUUUACACGAGUUUAGUACCAUACCUUAUAUUUCAAACAUUAUUUAUACGAACCGAUUCAACUUUAAUAGUACUAAACCCGUGUAAAACUACAGGGAAUUAUUAUUUAUCUGUAAUUUAAGCCUUCUGAUUGACUAAAAUCGUAUAAUAUCAAACGGAACAAUCACGUAACGAUGAGAACACUAAGUAAUGCUCGCAUUACAGCCUUAUGCAUGUAUACGAACGGGAUAACGUCAAAUUGGUCCUGGCCGUGGUAACUGUAGGAUUAGUUAUCCGGAGACAGCUUUAUACCUAGGGUAAUACCAGACUUGUGGGGAAGUGUCUUACCAAUCAUAGAAAAAUACUUGAGCCCCAAUUUAUAACGAGUGUCAUAAAAAUAAAAACUCGAAUAUCUGAAAGUAGAACUUUAGACACAUUAUAUAAAAGUUGUGAAAUAACAUUAUGCACAUUCAUUCGGUAUAUCAUGUCGUAUGAAAAUAUAAUAAAUAUACUCGCAAAUUGUAAGAAAAAAAUAUCAGAUUUCUACAACUAGUGUCAACUCACCAACUAGCCUCGUGUAAACGCAUUAUGAAAUGGGAUAGUAGUUAUUUUUCUUAAUUGGUAUGACACUUUUAGAUAAGACAGUGUGGUUUCGCUGAGGUUGUAUGGAUAGUCCUAAUUCUACCGGUUACUUGUAACUUACAAUUAUUGAACUAUAAAGAGAGAGACUCAGUAGUCGUAGUAUUCUUCUAAAUUAGAUAUGCUCAACUAACUAAUAUUUUUCACCACUAUCAUGUGGUGUCUUACAUAAAGUUUGUAUGUAUCUUGUAUAUUAUUAUUAUGCUGUAAAGUCAAAACGGGUAAAUAUGGCUGUGGGAUAAGUGUGACUGGCCAUCACAUUGGGGCCUGUUCAACUUUUGCAACUUCAUACAUUUAUCACUAAACGCACACAGCCGCACUUGCCCGUAUUGGUAUUAUUGAAAAGGGCAAGUAUGGUCUUUGGGCCAGUAACUAGAAGCCAGUAGCUCGCCUCAGUCAACCCACACUGUCUCGUCUCAUUUAGUAAAGGGUUUGUUAACUUUUGUAAAUAUAUCAUCAAAUAAAUUACACGUCAUGUCUUUUUGUAUUAUAUUUUCUGUCAGUCAACUUCAGUAUUAAAUAUUCGGUAUCUUUUGCAAUCUGCCUUUGUUGAUAUUGCCCUAUUAUUAUUAUUGUUGUGUGUAAUAUAUUUUUAUUAAGAGAAAAAUCUUAAAUAAUAGUUGUUAGAUAUUAAUGUAUUAAUUGGAGAAUUUUAUUUUGAUUUUUCUCUUUAUUAUAUAUGUAUAUGUACAUUAUACAUAUUGAUUUGAAAGUCAUCAAGUUAUUGUAAAUAUAGUAAUAAAGAGAGCAUUGUCUGUCGUCGAUUCAAUUAUUAUAAAACGGUUCGAGAAAAAGUUAAUUAUAUAUUUGUAUUGUAUAAUUUCGGUGAGGCACACGUUAUAUGAAUAUAAAUAUACAUGAUAGAACUGGUUUAUAUAAUGUAUGGCAGCUGACGGGCGGACUGACGGACAGUGUCGGCAUUAUGAAUGCUACCAAUUGUGUAAAAAAUAUUAAAACCUUAAAAAAAG